AGUGAUUGAAGAGGUGCGCCUGUUCUUGUUGCAUUGAUAAAUCGUCGGAAAACCUUGAACGAUGCGAAGAUCAUUAUUAAAUUGUGCUUGAAAUUCAGUAUUGUACCUAACACGCGUUUUCGUAAAAACAGUGGACUAGUUAAAUCGAUCAAUAAAAUAUUGCGGUCGCAAACAGUGGACAUGAGCCACCCUCGAAGUGAUGUAAACAUAUGCACGGCGGCGCAGUUGAGAGUGAUGCUGCCGACAUCUGUGGAACAUAGUAUGCCUCCGCCGUUUAUCGAUAUAAACAACCUUCAUGACAUACCACCUCCUCAAGCGGACUUCGGCUCCACCGCCUUACGAUGUGGCCAACUCCAAACUCCCCACUUACGAGGAGGUGCAGAGAGAAAAGCAGAUGGAGGGGAAGAUAUACCUCAGAUGCAAGGGCCGCCUCCGAACCACCCAACAUUCGCUGCGUUCGUGACGGUGGAGCCGACUGAAGGCACGGCUGAACAACUCGACCCGGAGAACAGUUUGCUCGGCACUGAUAUUAUGUUCUUAACUUCGUUCUUUGUGGCAUUCCUAUUCAACUGGAUCGGUUUCCUACUGCUGAUGUGCUUCUGUCACACGGUUGCCAGUCGCUACGGUGCUCUCGCCGGCUUCGGCCUAUCGCUCGCCAAGUGGACGCUCAUUGUGAAGCACUCCACGGAACUCGCGUCCCAUGAGAACUCUUGGCUCUGGUGGCUUAUUAUGGCUUUUGGUAUCUUAAUCUGUGUGCGCGCUAUCAUCCAGUACCUGAACAUCAAGCGCGGCUGGCGUCUGCUCUCGGGCACGGCCCAGGAACGACUGCUCUUCUUCUACUAAACGCACCGCUUUCUGUUUCACUCACACCUGGCAUAUGUAUGGCUGUGCGACAAGGAUAGACAUAUUUUUCUCAGUUUCACGACUUCUUAUAUCAAGCAUCAUUAUUGAGAUUCAAUAUUCGGAGUAUUUCGUUAGUCGUUGUAAUU